AUGGCACCAUCACGCGCAUUCGGUUUCUCCUCAUCAUCGGCCUCUUCUCGACACGCCAACAAAGCACGACCAGUUUCGGACGAGGAAGAUCACUCCGAAGCAGACGAAAGCUACCGACGAAUGAAAAAGAGCGUCGCCACCACAACCAUGUCCUCCUCUGCUGCUGGCAGAUCCUCCAGUGCAGCACCUCGCUCCAAACGUCCUCACGAAUCCGUCGCAGCCGACUACGACUCUCGAUCCGUCAAGAAGAGUACCUCCACUUCUUCUUCCCACAGACCCAGGAUGCAGCACGACGACUCCGGUGCCGAGGAGGACGGCGAUGUCCCCGGUCUGUCGGACGAACUGCUCAUGGAGCGUAGAGCGUACGAUGAGUGGGUCGACAAGAAGCUCUCGAAGCUAUCCUCGAAGCGCGAACAGUUGCUCGAGGAACGACUCGAACGCAUCCGCUCCGAACGCGAUGAGAUUCAGUCGCAGUACGACGAACUUCGACAGUUGAGGGACACUGCACCUGAACAGGCGCUGGAAGAGUUCAAAAAGACGGCAGAAGCCAGGUACCGACACGACAAGGAUCUCAUCAACUCUCUCAAGGCCAAGAUCGAGGCUGCGGAGAAGCGGGUCAAGGAAGCGGAGGGAGGAGCAGUGGCGGAUCGAAGCAUGAGCAUCCUCAACGCGAGUGUCCGGGAAAGCGUCCAUCCAGCUUUCGACGAUGCGAAACUGGAAGAGCUCAAAGACGCACACCGCAGAGAGAUGCUCGAAGCCGAACGCAAACAACGUCGUCUCGAAGAAGACGUCAAAUCCUACAAGCUGCAGCUCGAACAAGAGAUCGCCCAGUCCAAAUCGCUCCGAUCCAAAUCCUCCGCCAACGCAGAACCCUCCUCCGCCGCAUCCACCUCGCUCGCCGCCUUUGAAGACGAGAAAGCCGUGCGCAAGCUGUACGAGGACCUCACCGGUCUCGUCGUCACGGGCGUCGAAAAGAUCGACGCCAACGAGCCGUUCCGUCGCUUCAAGGCGAUCUUCGCGCAGGAAGAUUACUAUUCGGUGUUGAUGGAUCUGGAAGAAUCGUCAUCCAAACUCUCUAGCGGGAAGAACGGUACCAGGGCUGAUAUUGUUUAUGUGCCCAAGAUCGAUGAUGAUAGGGAUGGAGAGCUGUUGAACAGCCAGAUGGUGCCGCAGGAGUGGUUGGAUGCGUUGAGGUUCGAUAGGAAUAUGCUGUUCAAGUGGUACGAGAAGACGAGGAAGGCGUUGAUGACGGACAAGGCGAGGUUGAAGUUGAGGGCGAGGGAGGAGAGGGCUGGUCGUCAUUGA